AUGGAGUAUCAAAAUAUACAAUCUUAUGCAAGAAGAAUGCUUGUGAUCAAUUUUGGUUUUUCAACUGAAGAGAAAGUUCUUAGAUUAAGGGGAAGAAAUAAGUUUUUUCAGGAAGUCAGAUACAGAAAAAUGAUUUUAAAUGAGAAACGUAAUGAAAAAUUAAUAUCUUUAAAGAAUUACAAUGCUCUAGAGCAUCUUCAGAUGACUAUGAUAGUUACUAAGAAUGGACCUGGAAAAUUCUAA